AUGCAGGAUCACAGACACAGGCACAGGAUCACAGACACAGGAUCACAGACACAGGAUCACAGACACAGGGUCACAGACACAGGAUCACAGACACAGGAUCACAGAUGCAGGAUCACAGACACAGGCACAGGAUCACAGACACAGGAUCACAGACACAGGAUCACAGACACAGGGUCACAGACACAGGAUCAAAGACACAGGAUCACAGACACGGGAUCACAGACACAGGAUCACAGACAGAGGGUCACACACAGAGGGUCACAGACAGAGAGUCAUAGACAGAGGGUCACAGACACAGGGCCACAGACCCAGGGUCACAGACAGAGGUUCACAGACACAGGGUCACAGACACAGGGACACAGACAGAGGGUCACAUACACAGGGUCACAGACAGAGGGUCACAGACACAGGGUCACAGGGUCACAGACAGAGGAUCACAGACAGAGGGUCAGAGACAGAGGGUCACAGACAGAGGGUCACAGACAGAGGGUCACAGACACAGGAUCACAGACACAGGAUCACAGACACAGGAUCACAGACACAGGGUCACAGACACAGGAUCACAGACACAGGAUCACAGACACAGGAUCACAGACACAGGAUCACAGACAGAGGGUCACAGACAGAGGGUCACAGACAGAGAGUCACAGACACAGGGUCACAGACACAGGGUCACAGACACAGGAUCACAGACAGAGGGUCACAGACAGAGGGUCACAGACAGAGAGUCACAGACACAGGGUCACAGACACAGGGUCACAGACAGAGGGUCACAGAUACAGGGUCACAGACAGAGGGUCACAGACAGAGGGUCACAGACACAGGGUCACAGACAGAGGGUCACAGACAGAGGGUCACAGACAGAGGUUCACAGACAGAGAGUCACAGACACAGGGUCACAGACAGAGGGUCACAGACAGAGGGUCACAGACAGAGGGUCACAGAUACAGGGUCACAGGCACAGGGUCACAGACACAGGGUCACAGACAGAGGGUCACAGACACAGGGUCACAGGCAGAGGGUCACAGACAGAGGGUCACAGACACAGGGUCACAGACAGAGGGUCACAGACAGAGGGUCACAGACACAGGGUCACAGACACGGGGUCACAGACACAGGGUCACAGACAGAGGGUCACAGAAACAGGGUUACAGACAGAAGGUCACAGACACAGGGUCACAGAUACGGGGUCACAGACACAGGGGCACAGACAGAGGGUCUCAGACAAAAGGUCACAGACAGAGGGUCACAGACAGAGGUCACAGACACAGGGUCACAGGCACAGGGUUACAGACAGAGGAUCACAGAUAG